AUGGCACUCGCCCCGACCGGAGCCUCUGCCCAGACAAACUCAUGGGACGCAGCCUACACCAAAGCCCGCACGGCUCUCUCCAAGCUCUCGCUGUCUGACAAAGUUGGCAUUGUGACAGGCGUGGGUUGGAACCAGGGCCCUUGCGUAGGUAACGUGCACGCCGCGUCGGCCAUCGGCUUCCCCUCGUUGUGUCUUCAAGACGGGCCGCUCGGCGUGCGGUAUGCAAGCUCCAUUACGGCGUUCACGCCCGGUGUACAAGCCGCGUCCACGUGGGAUGUCGAGCUCAUGCGGCAGCGCGGACAGUUCCUGGGCGUGGAGGCAAAACAACUGGGAGUACAUAAUAUGUUGGGGCCCGUUGCCGGUGCUCUGGGGAAGUUUGCCGAGGGCGGGAGAAACUGGGAAGGCUUCAGCCCGGACCCGUACCUGAGCGGCGAGGGCAUGAGAGCGACGGUUGAGGGCAUGCAGUCUGCCGGGGUGCAGGCGACGGCAAAGCACUGGAUCCUCAACGAGCAGGAGCUCAACCGCAACACCAUGUCGAGCAGCGCGGACGACCGGACGGUCCAUGAAUUGUACGUGUGGCCGUUCAUGGAUGCAGUCAAGGCCAACGUUGCGUCAUUCAUGUGCUCGUACAACCGUGUUUCCGGCACGUACUCCUGCGAGAACAACUAUGUGAUGAAGGAGCUACUCAAGGACCAACUUGGCUUCAAGGGGUACAUCAUGACCGACUGGGGUGCACAACAUAGCACUGUUGCCGCUGCGAACACUGGGCUCGACAUGUCGAUGCCUGGGAGCAACUUCAACGGCGGCGACGUCUACUGGGGCCAGGCACUUACAAGCGCCAUCAACAGCGGCAGCGUCAACCAGACGCGCGUAGACGACAUGGUGCUCCGUAUCCUGGCGCCGUGGUAUCUUCUUGGACAGGACCAGGGCUACCCGAGUGUCGACCUUACCCGCAACGUGCAAGGCACCCACAAGACCAACGUGCGGGCCGUGGCUCGCGACGGCAUCGUCCUCCUCAAGAACGACAACGCAGUGCUGCCCUUGAAGAAGCCGGCGCGUAUCGCCGUGAUCGGCACCGGCGCUUACAAGGGCAACCACGCCAAUAAUGGGCCCAACUGCGAGGACAAGGCCUGCAACAACGGUGCGCUCGGUAUGGGCUGGGGCUCAGGAUCUGUCAAGUACCCAUACUUUGUCGCCCCGUACGAUGCCAUCUCUCAGCGUGCCUCAUCUUCUGGUACCACAGUCGUACAGAGUAACUCGGAUGAUACCUCACAGGGAGCAAAUGCAGCCCGGAAUGCAGAUGUCGCCCUCGUCUUCAUCACCGCGGACGCGGGUGAGGGGUACCUGAGCGUCGAGGGCAACGCGGGCGACCGCAACAACCUGGAUCCAUGGCACAACGGCAACGCCCUUGUCAAGUCUGUCGCCGACGUCAACAGCAACGUCGUCGUUGUUGCGCACAGUGUGGGACCCAUCAUCCUCGAGUCUAUUCUGUCCAACCCAUCCGUCAAGGCCAUCGUGUGGGCCGGUCUGCCAUCUCAGGAGAGUGGCAAUGCCCUCGUCGACGUUCUCUGGGGAGAUGUCAGCCCUUCGGGCAAGCUCGUGUACACCAUUGCCAAGGCCGCUUCCGAUUACGGCACUCGUGUCGUGUCAGGCGCUGACAAUUACCCAGAAGGUUUGUUCAUCGACUACCGGCACUUCGACCAGGCAGGCAUCUCGCCGCGCUACGAGUUUGGCUUCGGUCUCUCAUACACAAACUUCACCUACGCCGGCCUUGCAGUGUCUUCCGCUUCAGCGACCUCUGGGCCGGCGACCGGCCCCAUUUUUCCUGGCGGACCGCAAGACCUUUGGGAUACCGUGGCCACGGUGACCGCAACCAUCACCAACUCGGGGGGUGUGCAGGGCGCCGAGGUUGCGCAGCUAUACGUCACACUGCCCUCGUCCGCGCCCUCGACACCGCCCAGACAACUGCGUGGCUUCGACAAGCUCGCGCUCGCGCCGGGACAGUCAGGUACCGCGACUUUCAGCCUGACCAGGCGUGACCUGAGCUACUGGGACGUCGCGAACAAGAAGUGGGUUCUCCCGAAGGGAAGUUUCGGGAUAAGUGUUGGUGCGAGCAGCCGUGAUUUGCGUCUUCGGGGCACUCUUCAGGUUUCGUAA